AUGUUUGGUGUCGAACAUGAUUCUUUCAGCAUUUUCUUCAGCGAGACUGGAACCUACCAGCAGCUUUUUCAUCCCGAGCUGUUUAUCUCUUGGAUAGAAGAUGUUGACAACUCACAAGAGGUGAUUGUGGACCUUUACCUCGACCAUGUGAGAAAACUUGCAGACAACUUUAUUGGGAAACAAGGAUUCUUGGUGUUCGAUGAUGUUGGUGGUGGAACAGGUUCUGGGUUUGGG